ACUAAGAACAUUUCUUUCAUUUGGACUGGAAUACACCAUGGCAUUACAUGAACGGUUCAGUUUGUGGCAGAGAAUAUUGCUGGGGAUCUUCUGCUUCCCGUUGCUUCCAUUUUACCUGUGUGUGUACUGUCUGUGCCUCAAGCAAAAUGACAAACAAAUCGAGGCAGAGAAUGUAGAAUACUGUCAGCAAGAGAACCGUCUCCAUAAUGAUGAGGAGGAAAACAAAGAGGAGAACUGUGACUCUAUGGGAAGGGACAGGUUGGAAAUUCACAUUCAGAAGGAUGAUAAUGUUGAGCAUCACCAGUUAACAAUGAAAAAAAGUGAACAGGCUCAAACCGGAGACCCCAAAAUCCAUGGGGAGGAAGACAAGAAUGGCAAGAUGGCUACAACUUUUAAAUAUCCCUGGGACAGAAAAAACCUAAAGUCUCUGCAGCUGGACUUGAAGGCCUUUGCAAAGUUGGACGCUUACUCUUCAAAGGUGUACAUCAAUGGAACACUUGAAUGUUUCGUAAAAGAUCUCCUUCGUAAUGCAUCUACAGAUCUGCAGAAAACACGUUCUAUAUGGACAUGGAUAUGUCAUCAUAUAGAAUAUGAUACGGGAGUUUUAAAAACAAAGACCCAGCUACCUUGUGAUCCAGAGAAUGUAUUUUACACCAGGAAGGCCAUCAGUACUGGAUACUCUUCACUCUUCCAGCGCAUGUGCAGCAUUGCUGGAGUGCAGUGUAAAUCAGUCAAUGGUUACUCCAAAGGCACUGGAUACAAGAUCGGGCAGAAGAUUUCUGAGGGGCCUGACCACUCCUGGAACAUGGUGUACUUGGAAGGCGGUUGGCACCUGCUUGACAGUACGUGGGGAGCCGGUUAUGUUGAAGACACCGUAGGCAAGUUUACAUUUCAGUACAACGAGUUUUAUUUCCUGACACAUCCAGCUCUCUUCAUUGAAGACCAUUUCCCAGAUGAGGCUGAUUGUCAAUUACUGGACAACCAUCUUAGUCUAAAACACUUUGAACAAAGUGUUCACCGUAGAAGCCAUUUUUAUACUUUGGGAUUAUUAUCUUCUCAGCCCGAAACAGCAGUUGUUGAAACAGUGAAAGGAAAGGUCUCUAUUACCAUUGAGAGCAGCCACCACAUGAUAUUCCUCUUCCAUUUAACGGAGACAGAAGAAUCAGGCUUUAUGCAUUGUGUGGAUCACAAGACAAUGUUUGAAUUAUACCCACAAAAGACUGGGCAACAUGUCCUGCAAGUAUUUUCCAGGGUGCCAAAUUCAACAGAGGCUUAUCAUAUGGUUCUGGAUUACAGAAUAGAUUGCAAAUCUGUCAGUGCCACAUUGAAAAUCCCGAGGGGUCUCAUUAACCCUGUUGGUCCAAGCUGGAUGUCAGAGAAAGCUGGACUCCUGAAGCCUUCACAACCCAACCCGAUGAUUCAUACAGAAAAUGGAUACUGUUCUCUCAGCUUUAAACUAGACAGGAUUAUAAAGUUUACAGUCAGUUUGAAAUCUGAUGACAUGAAAACUGUUCAUAAUCAUGUUAUACAAAGCAUUCAGAAAAGUAAAGUUGAGUUUGAAGUUUACCUACCACAGGCAGGAGUCUAUGUACUUCAAAUAUUUGGUGAAUCUAUUGGCUAUAUCUGUAACUACCUCUUAAUUUGUUCGAACCCCAAUUUGAAAAGGUCACCUUUCCCUGCUCUUCUUCAGAACCCAGUUGGCCCAAACACGGAUACUGAGAAGUCUGGUCUCCUUCAGCCAUCACACCCAGAUCCAAUCAUCCACACUGAGGAUGGGUGCUGCACAGUGAGCUUUUCUUUAGACAGAGUGCAGAAACUCACUGCUUUCCUGAAAUCUGAUGAAUUACAUGCUGUAUUGGAUCAUAUUAUCCAGAAAAUACAAAAGGAUAAAAUUGAGUUUAACAUUCGCCUCCCACAAGCUGGUUCUUACGUGCUACAAAUAUUCAGUGAUUCUGUUGGCUACAUUUGCAAUUACCUCUUGACUUGUUCCGAUCACAAUGUAAAGUGGCCACCGUUCCCUCAUUUUCUUCAUAAUCCAGUUGGUCCCAGCCUAGAAACUGAGAACAUGGGGCUACUCCAACCCUCUCAUCCAGAUCCUGUGAUCAAUAUGGAAGACGGGUGCUGUAUUGUCAGUUUUGUACUUGACAGGAUGCUUAUGCUUACAGUUAGUCUAAAAUCUGAUGAAAUGCUAACCAUUCCUAAUCACGUGUUACAAUGUAUGCAAAAAAACAAGGUUGAGUUUAAAGUCCGUCUUCCAAGGGCUGGUUCUUAUGUGCUCCAGAUUUUCGAUGGUUGCAGCUGUUGUAUCUGCAACUAUCUGUUGACAUGCUCAAACACUAAUGUUAAUUGGCCUCCUUACCCAUCAGGACUACACAACCCAGUUGGUCCUAACCCAGGCACAGAGAAGGCUGGACUGCUUCAACCUUCACAUCCAGAUCCAAUCAUUAACACGCAAGAUGGAAGCUGUGUCAUCAGCUUUGCAGUGAAGAGGGAUAUACAUUUCUUUUGCACCUUAAUCUCUGAUGAUGCACAAAUGAAAUCAGAGGUGAAAUAUAGACAUGUCUUUCAAACACAAAAAGAGGAUAAAAUGGAGUUUAACGUUAGGCUUGCGCAAUCAGGAACCUAUGUCCUGCGUAUAAGCUUCAAGACUAAAAUCAGUAAGGUAUAUUCAUCUCAGUGUAACUAUCUUAUUAUUUGUUCUAAUCCAGAUGUUCAUUGGCCAGUGUUCCCACUUGUCUUUGAGGACUGGGCUGAGCAUUAUGAACUGGUGGAGCCUUUAGAAGGGGUUUUACCUAAGAACAGCAAUGUUUUAUUCAAGCUCAAGGUUCCUGGAGUGGCUGCACUGUUUGUGAAAGGCAAAGAAUCAUUUCCUUUGACCAUCAAUGACCAAGGCUACUGGGAAGGAACAUGUAGUACCGAGGAUAACAAGGAGCUUUAUGUCACUGCUAGACAUAAAGAACAGCCAAACACAUGGGCAUAUCUCCUGCAUUAUCAGGUUCAGUGAAGAUAAAGUAGAGGGACCUGUAAGCCUGACAGAAUAAAACUCUGUACAAUGUGGACACUUAUGGACUAACAAUUUUACAUUUAAAAAUGUAAAAUGCAUUAUUUUGAGAAA